AUGUCAGGCUCAUUGAUAUCAAGGGCGAAUCGCGCCAAUAACAUAACUUUUUCUUCAACGAGCCAAAAAUAUUGGAAAUACGACUGGUAUUCGCCUUUACAAGUAGAUACUCCGGCAGAAAAUGGGAAUGGCGAAGUGUCUGAAAAUAAGGACCAGGACAGACUUUCAUUCCAUAUUAAGAAGUGGAUUCCUACUGAAAAGCCAGAAUGGGACGAUGCAGAACUUGAAGUGGACGACGUACUUGAUUUGAAAAACUACGACAGAAGUAACCGGCAGGUUUUGGAACAAGAGAUACAAAACGGCGCUGAACAUCAAAAUACGACCAGCGGUUUGAGUGCAGACGACAUUAGAGGUGCAGUGGGGAAUGAGGGAGGAAUUUCUGGCUUUUCGGGUUCGGAUGCGAUAACGAGGAAAGAAAAAGAAGAUGAAAAUGACGCCGAAGACGAAUCUGCCAAAGACGUUGAAAUGGCAGACGCAACGAAUCGUAUCGCUGAAUCUACACAAGGGGUAGAAACCAUUCAAGCUGCAGCAGUCGAAGAAAUUAAUCCUGUGUUGGAAAACGGACUAUCACAAGAGGAAGGAGAUGAAAUUGCGAAAGAGGAAUAG